CGGAAGGAGGCUGCGCACAGGAGUGUGGGCUGGGGGGACGCGCCAGGCACCUUGAAAUACCCCGCCUUGGCGCCCGAACGUAACCGUCCCAACCAACAGCCUUCUCUCCUCCUCUUCUCCCCGUCGCCGGAGCGCCAAGAAACCACCAUCCCCGCCUCUCCUCCAUCCCCGCUCGGUUUCUCUCUCCACCGCGCGCCUCUGCUCUCCAGCGUCACUGGCGACCGAUGGAGCAGUUCGAGGACGGCCACCACGUGCGGCUGCGGAGCCGCGAGCGCGGCACGUACCUGCACGCCGACGACGACGGGCUUGGCGUCUCCCUGAGCCGGCGCCGCGCGUCGAUGAACGCGGCUUGGGCGGUGCACAUCUACCAGGGAGAUGGCGGUGCCCAGUACUUGCUCCUCCACAGCGCCGCCUACGGCCGCUACCUCGGCGCCACGGACGCGCCGGCGCUGCGAGGCCACAUUGAGAGCCGCGUCGAGCAGUGCGACUACGGGCCGUGGGAGGAGGAGGCCAUCAGGUGGCAGGCCGCCGGGAUCGGCUCGGGGGACAAUAUCCUGCUCCGCCACGUCGGCGGCCGCCGCCUCCGCGCCAACGGGAGGUACCUCAGCGUCGACGACUCCGACAGCGCCGGCACGAUGAUGCAUUGGGUCGUGGAGCGCAUCCCCUCCAGGGAGGACACGCCUCGCCUUGCAGCUCCGACUGGGCUCCGCCUCCCCAGAAGCCUCAGCUUCAUGUUGCCGUGGCGGGUGAUCCAGGUCGAGCAGGCAGGCGCCGACGAGUCCAACGCCAGCUUCCCCUGGGCCUCACUCGUAUUCAGGGGCAGGUCCGCGUACCACCUGAGGAAGAAGCUGGCCAGCCGGCUGGGUGUCGCCAUGGACGUCUCCAACCUCGUCAUGUGCGUCCGAGCGGGUAUGCACGGGCGGCCUACCCCACUGGUCAUCGACCUGCCCCGCAGCAGGCAGACCCUCGACAUCAUCGUCUUCAUGGCGGGGACGCCAGCCCAUGCAGACCUGCGGUACCCGAAUGUCAAUGCAGAGUAGAGAAAUAUAAGAGCUGGACUCCUGACCGUCGACCAUCCACCUCUUCAGAAGUGUCGCCUCCUAGGACACUAUGACAUGAGAAUUCAGAACUGCACUUUUCAUUGAGAUAUAGGUCUAGGAAGCGCCUCUUGUCUGCUAGCCUAGAUAAACUUGAUUCAUUCGCCAGAUAGGAGGAACCUGUCCCAUGUGGUUCUAAAUUUCAGAACCUGUGUGAAGAAAUGAUUGUGUUCUUAUUGUGGCUGCUACUUCAGCAUUGCCAAGUGCAUUUCUCUAAGAUGUCAACUUGAGAACCUCUGUGAACAGUUAUGCAAUG